AUGACUGAUCCAGCUCCUAAUCAGACAUCCACUAGUGAAGAGAAAAGUUAUUUACAAACUAAGCUAUCACCAAAACAAUUCCAAGCAUCAAUUGAUUUUUAUAAUGCAGAUAAAGAUUUAUUAGAACAAGAUCGUAUAAAGUUAAAAGAUGAAUUACAAUCAAUACUAGUAAAGAAUAAUAUAUAUGGAUACUCAGGAGGUAUGAUUGGGUUACUUACGCCAACUGUGUACUACAAAUUUAUUAAGAAACAAACUCCAACUAAAUUAUCAUUCAUUCAAAAACCAUUUUUAUCAUUUUUCAUUGGGUUAGGUACUAUGAUGUUUGUUAGCUCAUUCGUUCAAAAACAAACUUUUAAUAAUGUAUUAUCAAAAGGUGAUUUAAAUGAUAAACAAUUAAAUGCAUGGAAAUAUAUGGAUUGGCAAACUGUUCCUGCUUUUUAUUUUUAUUAUUUAAAAUCUUCAAAAGAUCCAAGUUUUAAAUUAAAAGAUCCAAGAUCUAUAAAAGUUGAUCCAAGAUUAAAACAACCAAUUGAAACAAAAGCUGAUGAAGAUAAAAGUAAAAAAUUUAAUACUGUAAAUUUUAAUCCUGAAGUUUAUAAGGAACAGAGUUGGAAAGACAACACCCAUAAGAAUAAUUUUGAGAACAUUGAUGAUCUAAAUAGUAGUUCAAUUGAUGAUCACGAAAAUUUAUCUCACUGGGAUAAGAUUAGGUUAGCCAACGGGUUUGAUAUAAGCGAUGACCGUAAGUAA